UCACCUUUUUUUGUAUGGAUGUGACCUGCAAAUAUUGGCCUUACCUCCAAAGAAUUGCAAAAAGCUGCCCAGAGCUCCAGCACCUUCUUAACAUGAAGCCCUUUCUUUCGGUAUUCCAUGCCAAAGCCCAUGAUUUUAAGUGCGAAGUAAAAUGGAGUGGAGCAUAUCAGGAUGGGGCUGGUUUAACACUAGGAGAAGAGGUGGAACAGUGCAAUGCUUUCCUCUCCAGGAUUGCAGUGACCACAAAACACAUGUCUAAAGCAGGACACACAGACAUGCUGACUCUCAUGGCCAUGCGCUGGAAUCAACAAAAGUUCAACAAUUUGGCCACCGCACUGAGCUACCGAUAUCAGAAGACCACGAAAGCUCUGCAAAGCCAGUUACAAAACCUAGAGUGCAUGAAGGUCGAACUGACAGUGACAGAGAGCCAAUUGGAAGACUGGGUCAAUGAUGUAAAGGAGUGGGCAGACGCAACAACGACAACCACCACAAGUGAUGUUGAUGCUUUGGCCAGCAGAAUUGAGGUGCUGGUGGCGAGUAUCAAGAGGCGUUCCCAGCGUCUCUAUAAAGAUACAGAUGGCAACAAAGGUCGUGCCAGGAUCCGCCGCAAAAUCAGGGAAGAGAAGGGGAUCCUGACAUCGGUUGUGGAGAAAUACAACAUAAUGGUUCCAAAAACAGAAACUCUGUGCUUGGAAACCAUUUUGUCUGGUGAGACAGCUUGGCCAUGGCAGCUACCACACAGUGACACUGUUGAUUUAAGGACAAAAAGAAAGGCAUUCGACAUCAUCAUGUCACUAAGGCGACUUCAAGAGGAGCAGAAAAUUGUUGUUAAAGAGAUGAAUCAACAUUGGAAAUAUCUUUCAACUCGUGCAGAGACCCUCCGAGAACUGUCCUGCUUGUUUGCCAGUGAGAGUCUGAAAAAUUCACAAUGUGGCCUAAGUGAGGAAGGUUUAAAAGGUCUGCAGAGCAUCAUCCACAGAAAGCAACAUAAAAUCAGAGAUAUGAGGGUGCAAGCAAGAGACUGUUACCUGCAUGUUUUGUCUGGAGCUGAGAACAUCAACUUUUUAAACAAAUCGUCAGCUGAUGACUGACAGUGACAGUGACUUUGAAAAUUCUGAUGAUGAACUGUAAUGUAAAAACCUUUUUUUUCUUGACAGUGAACCAGUGACCUUAACCAUGAAUCUAAA